UAGCUCGGCCAUAAUUUGAUAAAUAUUUCUGAGGAGAGGACUCGACGCAUCAUUCCACGAUUCAUUCCGCAUUUAGCAGGAUCUAACCAAACACGCCAAGAACAUCAUUAGUCUUUAGCUAUUAUUCAAAUGGCAAGAUGGAAGAACGUUGGUGGCGACCUUAAGUGGAGGAACAACAACGGAAUCCUCAUGACAGCACUCGGAGAUAAAGAUGCAGGUCAGCCAAUGCUCGGUUGGACCGAGGAUCAGGAAGACGAUUAUUAUAUAAGACCUGGUUUGAGGCAUCCCAUAGGCAGAAAAAAGAAGCGGUGUUGCAGGUUAGCCAUCAUGACGCUUGCAGCUUUCAUUUUACUUGUCAUAAUUGGCACCUGCAUAAUAGUUUUCACAUCCAAGCACUAUGUGAAGCCAUGCGCAGUAUGUGAUUCGGUGGAGAGUGCAAUGAACUUGAGCGUGGAUCCUUGCCAGGACUUCUACGAGUAUACCUGUGGUAACUGGGUAGCCAACGUGAAAGUACCAAACGGAUACUCCAAGUGGGGAGCGUAUCAAGAAGUCUACAACAAGAAUAAAGAUUUACUUUUAAAGCUUCUUGCAGAGGAUGGAUAUGAAUACAAUGGAAAUCACAGUGAAGCCCUGAGGAAAGCCAAGGAUUACUACCAUGCUUGCAUGAAUGUGACAGCCAUUGAGCAAGCAGGCUCAGCACCACUGAAACAGUUGUUGAACCAGCUUGGUGGCUGGAGCAUCCUACCACGGAACACACCUGGUAUCGUCGAUUGGGACGAAACCUCAUUCGACCUUACCCAAGCUGUAACAUCGGUCCAUCUUUUAAAUGGGUCUCCUCUCUACCAAGUGGGGAUCAUUCCUGAUGAUAAGAAUACCAGUGUCAACAUCAUAACGUUCGUCCAGGAUGGGAUAGGCUUCAAUCCAAUUAAUCAGUUUCACUCUGAUAAUGUUCGAACACGUGAUGAAGCAUAUGCAACACUUGGAGCAAAAGUGGUGGUGCUUCUCUCUCUUACUGACGAUGAAAGUGUAGUCUUAGAUAAUAUAACAAGCCAUUCCACUUAUGCACCUGCCUUAGAAAGGAUGAGAAAAAUAGUCUACUUUGAAGCUGAUAUCAGAAGAAAAUUCAUGCCUACGAAUCGAGACCCGGCCGAAGCAUACAAGAAAGUUACUGUGGAAGAGUUUGCUUCUAUUAUACCUCAGAUCAAUAUGAGCUAUUACUUGAACGAGAUCUUUGCCACCACAAUACCUUUAGAACGGAAAAUCUUAGUACCUACCUUCAACUAUUUUGUCAACUUGAAUUAUCUUCUGAAGCGAACUGACAAAAGAAUUCUUGCUGACUACCUGACCUGGAAUGCAGUCAAACCCAAGCUCGAAUUCCUCCCCAAGAUCUAUGAAGACAUCGUUCUAGAGUACAGGAGCGUCAUCAGUGGACCCAACACCACUAGUAUUCCUCUUUUGCAGAAGUGCUUGCAGAGAACCGACGAAACAUUCCCAUUUGUGACAGGGGCCCUCUUUGUUAGAGAAGUUGUCACUCCACAGCUCAUAAAUGAGACCCAGGACUUGAUCCAUUACAUACAAGAUGCCUUCAUGGGAAACCUACACAAUGUGACUUGGAUGGAUGACGCGACUAAAGAGGCUGCAGAGGAGAAAGCUUAUGCAAUCAAACGUAAGAUAGGAUUCCCAGAUUGGAUCGAAGACACUGUCCAGUUAGAUGCAUACUUCAAAGACAUAGACAUAUCAGCAUCCAGUGUAUUCCAGAAUUCCCUGAAUGUUGUGCGAUAUCUUCUGCAAAAAUUGAGGGGCCUUCUUGAUGAACCGGUUGACAAGAAUGAAUGGCCCGCGAGACCAACACAGGUGAAUGCAUUCUACUCACCACAAUUCAAUGAGAUGGUCUUCCCUUCCGGUAUACUCCAGGCUCCAUUCUAUGAUGUACCACGUCCAAUGUCAAUGAACUUUGGAGCCAUUGGGAUGGUGAUGGGUCAUGAGUUGACCCAUGGAUUUGACAACCACGGUCGUGAGUUUGACAAGGAUGGGAACCUUAGAGACUGGUGGGGUCGCGCCUCCGCUCUAGCCUAUACGAAAAGGACAGACUGUUUAGUAAACCAGUACUAUAGCUACAAGAUGGAAAUUUUGGGCUACUUGCGGCAGGUGGAUGGUGUACGCACACUAGGUGAAAACAUCGCUGAUAACGGCGGUUUGAAGCUUGCUUAUCAGGCCUAUCACAAGUGGUGUGAGACGUUCAACGACACUAUGGGUCUGCUGAGUGGUCUAGGUCUGUCUCAUGAUCAGCUCUUCUUUGUGGGCUUCGGCCAGGUGUGGUGUACUUAUGCUACACCUCAGUAUACAGAGAUGUCCAUCUUGGCGGAUACUCAUUCACCUGAGAAGUUCAGGGUUAAUGGUGCUGUUUCAAACAUGCCAGUAUUUGCUGAUGUCUUCAACUGUCCAUCGGGGACCCCUAUGAACCCGAAAAGAAAUGUGAAGUUUGGUGACCGACAACAAGCUGAAGUAUGGGCAGUAAUAAUAAAGAGAGCCUACGAGAGCUUUAGGACACAAAACGUGCAAGCAAACCAAAGUGUCCUUUUGCUGUGAAAAAUGGACUCUCCCAUGAAUUUGUUAUUGCCCAUUGCCUUAUGAAAAAUAUAUUGCCUUGAUCAUGUUUACAAUGCCACCAAGUUUAUAAACCUGUUUAAAGAUAAACUUGAGUUCUGGUAAAAAAAAGAAAAUGAAU